GAAGUAGGAGUAACUGUAGAGUUGUGGAAGUAUUACUUCCAGUUUAUUGAAAGAUUGUGUGCGAUAAAGAUUAUUGUAUUCUCUCAUAUAAUAAUGAGUGUUAAUAAUACAUUAAAAAAUUCGGCUAUUCUCAAUUCUGGGGAUAAAACAACGAUAGUUCAAGCAAACAAAAAGGAAAAUCCGGAUGAAUAUAAAUUAGUGCUAUUGUUAAAGAAUACAUACGAUAAAAAAUUGUUUCAUAAUGAUUUCGAUACAUGGACGAUAAAAGAACAAUAUCACUGGAUAAAGAAGAAUCUCUCAAAAUUCUAUCCAAAUGUACCGGAGACUUUGCUGAAAUUCAUACCAGCUUUUUUUUGCCAACCUAAUUUUGAUCGGUCACCGCUGGAAGUACCCGAAUGGUUGAACAUAGAUAAAUAUCGUAGAGGACAAAAAUUUGUACGCGAGAAUUACGUCCCAAUCAUCAUUGUUAAAUUAGUGGGACUCAUCCAUGUGUAUUCAUUCAACGAUGAUCUAAAACCAAUUAUUAUAGGAGGUCGCAGUCACACACCAUAUUUAGGAUUGGAAAGAUAUCUAUCGACUUCAAAGCGGAUAAUCAGCUGGUAUAGCGGAGAGCCAUGGGUUAAGGGAACGAAAGCCUACGAUGACAUGCAGGUUGUACAUAAGUUGCAUUUAAUGAUGAGGAAAAAAUUGUGUCAGAUGGAUAAUGAGCAAAUCGAUGCUAUAUCUAAAAUCGCUGAGCCAUGGUGCCCAGAUCGUGAAAUAUUUAUCAAGGAUUUUGCUAUGGCUUGUCCAUUUGAAAAACUUGGCCAACGGCCUUAUAUUACGAUAAACGAGUCAUCAUAUAGACCAAAAGGGAUAAAUAAUGCAGAAAUGGCAUUUGUACAAGCGGUUUUCGUAGGUAUGUUUUUGUUGCGGCCGCAAGAUAUUGGAGUACAUGACGCGACCGACGAAGAUGUAGAUGCCUUCUGUCACAUGUGGAGAUGCUACGGAUAUUGUCUCGGAUUGGAAGACGAGUACAACUUUUGCAAUGGUAGUUUUGAAGAAAUAAAACAACGCAUACAAGAUCUUUAUCAAUAUUGGAUAACGCCUAAUUUUAAGAAUGUUACACCUGAAUGGGAGCACAUGACAAAAUGUAUUAUCGAGCCAAUAAAUUUUUAUCCUUUCAUAUAUAUGCCUUAUAAAGCAAUGGUAUUAAUUGCUUUAGACUUAUUAGAUUUAAACAUGUCGCAUUUAUAUAUGUCUCUUAAUUAUUCAGAAUGGAUUGCUUAUAAAAUUUAUAAAUUUAUACUUCAGCACGCUUUGAAAUUAUCCAUCAUAAGAGCACUUUUUAACAAAUUAAUAAUCUAUAUAUUAAAUAAAGUGUCAAGUUAUAAUUCAAAAAAAAAAGAACUUCAAGAAAAAUCAAAGAAACUGUUAUCAAAUUUAAAUGGAUUUACUAGAGGAUCUUAAUAUUUUAAUAAUUAAUAUCUUGUAAAUGACGGGGCAAAAAUUCUAUAUUUCACUUUCUUAUGUUAAUCUCAAAAUAUUUUAAUAAUGCUUUCA